AGCAGACACAAAUAAUAUAUACACAGUUGUUCCAACUUUAUCAUACUGUGAAUCGCUUUAGUUGACAACAGCCUGAAUAGCAUACGUAUCCAAUGUCCAGCGACCCAGAAGACGACUACAUCCCAUGGAUCCAACAGUUCUGUGAACUCUUUGGUCAUGAUUACUUUGUCCCAGUGGCACAAGAUUUCAUUGAAGAUGAUUUCAACCUUACAGGGUUAUCACUGCAAGUCCCUUACUAUAGAGAAGCUCUUUACACGAUCUUGGACUAUGAGGUUGAAACUUCCGAGGAUAACAACAACAAUAACACCACCACCAUACACAAUGCAUCAACACCAAAUAGUAAUAAUAAUAGUAAUAAUAACAGCAACAGCAAUGUUGCUGCAACCACCACUGCCACCACUGCAUCGGGAAUAGCCAAGAAAGCUGGUAAGGCCGAGUUGCCCAAUAAGGCCCUUUUGGCCCAUUCUGCCGAUCUCUUGUAUGGACUUAUUCAUUCAAGAUAUAUCAUUUCCAAGCCAGGUUUAACUGCAAUGGCCACCAAAUUUGAAAGAAAUGAAUUUGGUUCAUGUCCCAGAUAUUAUUGUGAUGGCAUGCAUUUAAUCCCGGUUGGAUCCACCGAUAUACCAGGUCACGAAACCGUGAGGCUUUAUUGUCCUUGUUGUAAUGACAUUUAUCUCCCCCUGCUGUCCCGUUACCUUAACAUAGAUGGUGCCUUUUUUGGAACUACAUUCCCAGGAUUACUUGUUAAGAUGUUCCCUGAAAUUGAAAAUCAAUGUAGAAUAAGAACUAAUAAGGUAAAUUCUCAAGAUUUUGGUUUAAAACUUUUCGGAUUUAAAAUUAAUGAAUUAAGUGCCAGUGGACCAAGAAUGAAAUGGUUAAGACUUUACCCUCAAACCGAUCUUGAAAAGGAAGAAUAUGAAACUUGUGAAUUUGGUCUUCCUCUGGGUGAUGAAGAAUCCAAUAGCAAUAGUGAUAUGGAAGAAGUUGCAGAUGAUGAUGAAGAAGAUGAUGAUGACAAAACAAUGGCAAGUGAAGGUAAUUAGAAAUAGAUUAAAUGAGGUGGUAUAGUAGUUCAAUGUAUUGGUGGAUGGUAUAUGAGUAGAAAAACAAAUUUUGUUUUUAGGGAGGUUUGGACGAACAUGGGAUCAUAGAGCUUUUCGUUGCUACUUA